GACCUUUAGACCUUCAAAGGUCUCUUCUUUUCUGGUCCAGCCGGUGACAGUACACGCUAUAAAGAUAUGCAGAUACAGGUCAAGAGCUUCAGUUUAUGUUUACGUCAAACAUGAGAAUGGGGAAGAAAAUGUGAUCUCAGUGACUUUGACCAUGGCGUGGAACCCUGCUAAUGUCACAACAGCUUCCACAGUAAGCCCUUGUCUCGGAGCACCUUCACCCCAGAACCAUGUGUCAUCUUACGCCUCUCCUGCUCGCACUGUCCCUUGCACUCUCCUCCAGUCCUGCAUAUGGUGAAGCUGCUGGCAUCUUUGACGAUUCCUCAGGCUAUGGACCUGUGUUUGAGGAGCAGCCAUUUGACACCAUCUACCCCGAGGAGUCUCAAGAAGACAAGAUAAUCAUGAGUUGCCGAGCACGAGCCAGCCCACCUGCCACAUACAAGUGGAGGCUGAAUGGCUGGGACAUUGAGAUUCCGGAGGAGGGUAACGUCCACUACAGCCUGAUGGGGGGAAAUCUGGUCAUCGGCAGACCUGAUAGGAGCAAUCAUGCUGGGAACUACUCCUGCCUUGCGGCAAACAAGUUCGGCACCAUCAUAAGUCGAGAGGCAUCUGUCCAGUUUGGAUAUUUAGACAUGUUUUCCACAGAAGAAAGAGAAGCUGUGCGUGUGAAAGAGGGUCAGGGAGUGGUGCUGUUAUGUGCUCCUCCUCCACAUUUCCCAGUUGAUCUUACCUUCCGCUGGAUGCUGAAUGAAUUUCCCAUCUUCAUCCCACUGGAUAAGAGACGAUUUGUCUCUCAGACCACAGGAAAUCUCUAUAUCGCUAAAGUGGAGGCUUCUGAUAGUGGGAACUACUCCUGCUUCGUCUCCAGCUUAUCUAUCGCUAAGAGUGUCUUCAGCAAGUUUAUCCCUUUAGUCCCACAGACUGAGCCAGGCCCUAUUCGGAAGUACGCAGCCGAUAUAAAAGUGAAGUUUCCGGACACAUAUGCUCUUGUUGGCCAGAACAUCACCCUGGAGUGUUUCGCAUUAGGAAAUCCCAUUCCCCAGAUCAUAUGGAAGAAGGUGGACGGAGAGCUGCCUGUUCAUCAUGAGAUCAGCAUGGCAGGUGGACUUCUGCACCUCUUUAACGUACAGUACGAGGAUGAGGGAGUGUACGAGUGUGAGGCGCUCAACUCUAAAGGCAAAGACUGGCACAAAGCAAACCUCUAUGUGGAAGCUGCUCCGGAAUGGGUGGAGCAUAUCAGCAGCAGUGAGAGGGACAUCGGCAGUGACUACACCAUGUCCUGCGUAGCCAGCGGAAAACCCAAACCUCGUGUACACUUCUUGAAAGAUGGCCAAAUGUAUGGCAAGCAUGAGUUGCACUUCACAGACCUGACAUCUGAUGACUCGGGGAUGUACCAGUGCAUCGCUGAGAACCGCCACGGAGUGAUCCACGCCAACGCUGAACUGCGAGUCUUCGUGGGUGCUCCUUCAUUUGAGUUCAACCCGGUUAAGCAGAAGCUGCUGGCAGCAAAGAACGGGCAUGUGGUGAUUGAGUGCAAACCAAAAGCAGCACCCAGACCCAUGUUUUCCUGGAGCAAAGGCACAGAGCUGCUCUCCAAUUCCAGCAGGAUUUUCAUUUGGGAGGAUGGGAGUCUGGAGAUCCGCAACAUUACCAAGUCAGAUGAGGGGAAGUACACGUGCUUUGCUGAGAAUGACAGAGGCAAAGCCAACAGCACUGGAUCUCUCUCAGUCACAGAUGCCACUAAGAUCACGCUGGCUCCCUCUAACGCUGAUGUGAGCAUGGGCGAAAACGCUAGGAUGCAGUGUGCUGCGUCACAUGACUCAAGCCUUGACAUCACCUUCAUCUGGUCACUUAACGGCCAUGCCAUUGACUUUGACAAGGAGGAAGAGUUCUACCAGCACACCAUUGAUAGUCAGGCAGGUAUGUCUAGCUGUGAGCUGCUGAUUAAGAACACACAGCUGAAGCAUGCUGGUCUCUACACCUGCACGGCCCAGACACCUGUGGACAAUGUCACCGUCUCUGCUGACCUGGUAGUGAGAGGGCCUCCGGGAGCUCCAGGAGGAGUGCGUGUGGAGGAGGUUGGGGUAAAUUCUGUGAAGCUUCUCUGGAGUCACGGCACAGAUAACCUCAGCCCCAUAUCCAAAUACACCAUCCAAUACAGAAAGACCAGAACCGAGGAGGAAUGGAAAGAUGCUGUAACCUCUCCUCGCAAUAUAGAAGGAAACGCAGAGAUGGUCACAGUAGUUGAUCUGCUUCCUUGGACUGAGUAUGAGUUUCGGGUCAUUGCUACAAACACUCUGGGUACAGGAGAACCGAGUGAGCCCUCAAGCAAAACCACCACACUGGAAGCAGCUCCUGUGGUGGCACCCUCAGAUGUAGGAGGAGGUGGGGGUACAAGUAGAGAGCUCACCAUCACAUGGACGCCUGUUCAGCCACAGUACUACUCUGGAAGUAACUUCGGCUACAUUAUCGCGUUUAAGCCUCAGGAUGGCAAUGAGUGGCAUAAAGUGACUAUAGCUGACCCUCGCGCCAGUCGCUACAUCCACAAAGACCCCUCUAUUCCCCCAGCCACAAAGUUUGAUGUGAAAGUAAAGGCCUUCAACAGUGCAGGAGAGGGACCCUACAGCCUCACUGCUGUUAUAUACUCUGCGCAGGAUGCACCCUCAGAGGCUCCCACCAUCGUAGAGGCCAGAACCCUGUCAGCGACGGAGGCCAUUGUGUGGUGGCGACCACUCACGCAGCAGACAGUUGAAGGCUAUCAGGUGAGGUACUGGAGGAAGUCCAUGGAGAACGAGGCAUCAGCACAGCGCAUCUCCAGCAGAGAGAACCAGACACGUCUGGACAACAUGAAGCCUAACUCUCAUUAUGUUAUAGAAGUGCGCGCAUUCAACGGUGCAGGUUAUGGACCAGCAAGCCAGAGAUAUGAGAUCUACACAAAGAAAGCACCUCCAAGUCGGCCACCAAAAAUAAUCGGCACAAGGGUAAAUUCCAGUGGAACCUUAGUCAACGUUGCCUGGCAGCAUGUGGAGGCUUUAGCCAACGAGUCUACUGUGGAGAGCUAUAAGGUUCUAUAUAGACAGGAGGGUCACAGCACCGGGACACUGUACACUACAAAUAAGCAGUCCAUAGACCUGCCCAUUCACAAAGGUGGAGAUUACCUGGUGGAGGUGAGGGCACAGAGCAAGGGAGGAGAUGGAGCUGUGGCUCAAGUGCGCAUCUCAGCUGGAGCGGUCUUGUCAGCUCCAUCCCUGAGCCUUUGUGUCCUGCUGCUGGUGGCAUUGCUCAGCCUGACUCUCUGAAUGUAGCGCCGUCUCUCCUCUGCCUUCACUCCCCACAGUGAAGAGGACUCUAACUGGAUGACGCCUUACAGGACUCUUAUUCUACAAAUUCCUAUGCUCAACAAUGAAUAUUCCCAACCUGGACUGAGCUAUGUUGGAAGAAAAGACUACAGAAAUAUAGGAAGGACAAGGAUGUAAAGGACUGUCUUAUUCAGUAUCGACUUAACCAUGAAGCAGCGUCAAAGGAGUUCUCUCUUGUUCAGUAUGCCUUAUAAUAUCUCUUACCCUGCUCAUAGCUGCUUGUGGGUAGAGUGACAUCUGUAUUUCACAAUUUACAUCACGAACGUCAGAAGGCUGUUUCAGCUUUAAUUUGAAAAAUUUUUUAAUUGGCUGCUCAUUCAUAGCACCAAUAAUCCUCUCAAUUGAAUUCAUAAUUUUGUUUCUGCAGUGUGCUCUGUACCCGCAAGUGAUAUUUGAUGAGUGAUCGGCAUAAGAGUGUCUAAUAGUUAGCUUAGUUUGCAAAUCAGUGGAACUCCUUUUUUUCCAUUUCUGAACUAAUGCUUUCCUUGAUGGAUACAGUCAAAGCAAACUCCUCUGCUACUCUGACUCAAGACAAACUAAACAAGGUUACACAGAAUAGAAAAUAUAGCAAUUUAUUUCAAGCUAGUAUAUGUAUAUGCAAUAAUUUAUAAGCUAUCGAUUUCUUAAUAUAUUUCAAUAUUUCUUUGGUCAUAUUAACAUAUCAUUAAUAGAAAGAUUAUUUUACUUUAAAUAUAUGAUUUCAAAGCCCUUAAGUAAAAGAAAAUGAACAUCGAGAAGUAAGAGAGAUGUGUGCUUAUAACCUCUGUGGACUGAAUGAGGAUUAUCAGGGGUUAAAAAAAAUGUAAAUAUAUAUCUUAAUUGCUGAAAUUCUGUACUGAGGAGUAAUUGUGUUUGUAUGUGAACUGUAUGUGUAGGAUACCUGUCCAAACCAUGGUUUUAAACCCAAACCAGAUGAGUAUGCUUGAGUGUGUGUACAUGUGUUGUGAGUGAACCGUGGCAUGAAAAUCCACUGUGGUACUUCAUGGGCCAAAAUCUCACAGCACCUCUGGAUAAGGGUGUUGAUUUGGUAAAAUAAUCUCUGAUUAUCACUCAUAGUCUAAGAAACUCUGUCACUUCAUUAGUGCUCCAACCAAAAGGCACUGCAGCAUAAGGAAAACUUUUUGUUUUGACUGUAUCUUUGAAUUCUCAGUCAUUUAGAAGGGGUUCAUACAAAUAAAUAAAUGAAUUAUUUUAUUUUAUUUUAUUAUUAUUUUUUUUUACAGACUUCUUUUCUUUUAAAAUUGUGUCAUGUUCCAGAUAACAGUUGUAUGGCCUGGGACAAGGAGCAGACUGUCCAGAAAGGUUUAAUGCUAUUAACUAAAACAUUAAAAAAAAAAAGAAAAAACACAUUCCAUUCAGAAAUUAAUGAUUUCUGACAAAUGUAGUUGCUGAAUCAUUUCAAACGUGCACAACUGUAUUGAUUGCGUCACAUGAGUCAAAUCACCCCUUGACUCUGUAUGACAGUGAUCGUAUCGGACGAGCAAACAAUUUAUUAUUAAAUGCUUUUGUAACCCAUUGUCUUUUCACUUAUAACCCAUUAGAGAUAUACUGACCUGUCCAGCAUAACUGCAUUUCAUUUGUUACUAAUGUGUUAAGAUUUGUUACUUGUUUGAUAGUUCCUUCAACUAAAAAUGCAUUUCAAUUUUGACAUAUUCAAAGAAAUUCCAUCUGACAGUAUUUUCUGAGAAGAAAAUACAUUCAACGUCUAUAACAUAUCACCACAAACAGAUCCUGUGUACUUCUUUGAGAACAGGAUAUCUUCAGUUUUUUUGUGUGACAGGCUAAUUUAAUGUAUUAUUUGUUUUUUUUUAUUAUUAUGUGGAACGUAUAUUGGAUGUUGACCUCUCAGAUGGACUGUCUGUGUGCAUUUUAGCCUAUGCUUCAUCAUUUUUGUAAUAUUCAGAGACCACCACAAAGUGCUUUCUCUUUCCCUGUUUACUUCAGCCAACAACAUCAUCAAUGUAAAAAAAAAAAAAAAGCCAAAUGCAUGAAAGCCUUUAACUUAAUUAUUGCAAUCAGCAAUUAUUUGGAGUGCUGUGGUACGCCCUCAGAAGCAUGAUCUGGAAAUGAAUGGUUCAUUCCAGUUGCAUUAGAACGCCAUACUCAUUUGCGAUGAAGGUGACUCAUGUAACUCAACUUCUUCUGAUCUGUCUCUGUCAGUCAAUAAAAAGUGUGUUCAGGCUGAAUGACAGGUUGUGUAGAUGAAAUGUAACUCGUGAGUCAUUAUCUGCUUCAUUGAAGCCAUUCUUCUCAAUUAAAGUUUAUAAAGACAAACCCAA